AUUGGAUCAUUUGACCUUGAUUACGAAGGUCUGCGCGGCAUCGGUAAUAUUGGUUGUCGCUCGUGUCAUCUUACGACGAAAUCUAAUCCCUGAGAAAACUGAUAACUAGAGGUGCUUAUCAAAAAUUUAACCGACUCAACAAAUUAAAUUUACUACAUCAUGAAUUACGAAGGUUAUGCCAAUAUUUAUCAUCCCAGUUCAUCCCAGCAAACAGGGUACUACAAUCCAUCCGAAAUGCAAUUUAGUCAAUUUUCAUAUGAAAAUGUCAAUCCAAUACCACCACAAGCCGCCAAUCUUCCUUUCUCACAAGUGCCGUAUUCUACUGGUACAAUGUAUGAAGGAAAAGAAGAGGAUUACGAAAAUGAACCACCGCUGUUAGAAGAACUCGGUAUUAACUUUAGUCAUAUUGUCCAAAAGACAUCAUCUGUGCUCAUUCCUUUUAAAGAAAGUUCUCAAGAAGUACUUGAUGAUACAGAUUUAGCUGGACCGUUGGUUUUUUGUCUACUAUUUGGCUGUACUUUAAUGUUUGCUGGAAAAAUUCACUUCAAUUAUAUUUAUGGAUUAGGUGUAUUUGGUUGUCUAGGCAUUUACCUUCUAUUAUCAGUUAUGACGCCUAGAGGAGUUACACCAACUUGUGUUAUUUCAACACUAGGAUAUUGUCUACUUCCUAUGUGUCUUCUAUCUGCAGUUGGAAUUUUAUUUUCACUUAAAAGUAUACUAGGUGUCAUAUUGACAGUGACUGUCGUUUCAUGGUGUACAAUCGCUUCUAGUAAAUUGUUUGUUUGCACUUUGGGUAUGCAACAUCAACGCAUCCUUGUAGCAUAUCCAUGCGCCUUAGUGUAUUGUGUCUUCGCACUUUUAGUCGUGUUUUGAUUUUACGCUAUGUUAUUUAAAUCAUUUGACACGUGGUUGUCAGAUGUACUGAUAGACAAACGAAUAAUGACCUGUAAUAUUUUCCAUAUGAAAAAAAACACUUUUCCUACUAAAAUAUUCAUUACAAACAGAAUUAUUUGUUUGCUUAUGAAAAAUAUUUUGAGAAAUAUACUGCUUUUUACUUGAAA